AUGGUGGACGGGUGGACGGGGUCGGCGUCAGACACAAGCACCUCGUCUAGGUGGCUGCUUGGCGGCGCUCUCUGCGGGGGCCUCGCCGAAUGCUUGGAUCCCAGUGCUGGCGACGAGUUUUACGAGUGCAGUCAACCAUCGCCCGAGGCCCUACCCUGCUCUCUGGAAGUGCAGCAGACGUGGGUGUUGGACGAACAGGAGCAGGCGCACGCUCUGGCCGCAGCCGUCAACUGCUCCGGGGGGUCGUUCCAGGUGGAGUGGAGAGGAACUGUGGUCAUGGAGAUACCGAUCGUGAUCGGGGCUGGUACCGUUCUCACGAUAUCGGGUGUCGACUCAAGUACCGUUGACGACGACGACUCCGGCGCCGUCAUACAUGGAAACGAAGGGACGAGACUCUUCACCGUUGGGGACACUGCCCUGCACCUGAGCAAUAUCACCAUCGCCUUCGGAAGUAGCACGGUGGGUGGGGCCAUAGCUGUGGCAGGGUCCACCUUGACCCUCGUCGAGACAAUGUUUAUAACGAAUACGGCUACGGACCAUGGGGGCGCCAUCUAUUUGUCCGAAGGCUCCAGCAUGUCCUGUGCCGGGGGAAUGUUCGCCUACAGUUUCGCAGGCGCAAGUGGAGGCGGCGUGUUUGUCACCGGCAACUCCGUGGUUUCAAGCGGUGGGUUGUGGUUCAGCAACGAGGCUGGCCACAGUGCAGGUGCCAUGAUGAUCAACGAUGGUUCCAGACUAUCUUGGGCUGGAGAAGUGGACUUGGCCUCCAACACAGCGGGGUAUUGGGGAGGCGCGGUUUACGCGUUUGCCGAUUCGAGAGUCUCGUGGAACGCGCCCACUCUGUUCUACAACAACAGCGCCAACUACUUUGGUGGUGCUGUGGCCACAGGCAACAGCUCGAGCGUUUCCUGGACCGGCGAAACAACGUUCGAUUCCAAUAGCGCAGGUCAAGGCGGAGUUCUGCUGGUCUACGAUGGCUCGAGUGCCUCUUGGAGCGACACCGCGGCGUUGUUUCAGAACAACACGGCAUCGAGUGGUGGUGCUGCGUUCAUCGACGAAAGCUCAGCCGUGCCUUGCGCAGGAGAGGCGGACAGAUGGUUUCACGGGAACACGGCUUACUACGCGUUGGACAACGGGGCGUGCUAUGGUGCCGCUGUGUUUUCUUCCAGUUCCAGUGUGUCAUGGACAGAGGCAGCAUGGAUACGGGAGAACUGGGCGUAUCACGGAGGUGCUUUGUACGCGGUGGAGUCCAGUGUUUCCUGGACCGCGAGCUCGAUUGAGGGCAACUGGGCCAUCGCGGAAGGUGCCGUGUACGCUUUUGAAAGCGAUGUGUCCUGGAGUGGGUCGACACUGUUUUACAACGAUUCCGUAAUUAGCAGGAUUGGUCGAGGGGGCGGCCUACUUGCGAUCGGGUCUAACGUGUCCUGGAGCGGGGCAACAGAUUUCGUCUACAAUAAUUGCCAAGGGGACACCACCGAUGCCCUCGCUGGUUGCGCUUUAGCAGCGACUGACGGUGCUAGCGUGUCCUUGGUUUCGCUAGGUGGUGCUAUGGGAGUGGAUGACUCGGAAGUAUCUUGGAGCGGAGAAACUGAGUUCGACACCAAUUUUGUGGGGUUCGGAGGCGGCGCCAUUUCAGCGACACAAGGUGCUCGCGUAUCCUGGGGAGAAGGCACUGCGACAUUUCUCGGCAACGUCGCUUCUUGUCGUGCCGGGGCAUUGGAUUGCAUUGAUUCUUACAUCUCUUGGGCCGGAACCGCGGAAUUUAACGGCAACAGCGCUCUGUCUCUGGUUAAUAGUACUCUGGGCGAAGAAGGAGGAGCUGCCUCUGUUCUGAGUUGUAACGUUAGCUGGACAGGGGAAACCAUAUUCACGUCGAACGUGGCGCAAUCUGAGGGCGGGGGGAUCACAGCAUCGUCGGCUAACGACGGUAUCCUGUCUAACAUCACGAUGAACGCCACCACCAUCUUUUUCAACAACACAGCCGCAACCAACGGGCGGGCGAUCGUGCUGUUUGAAGACGCUGCCUUGAACUCCAUCUUCAACAUGGAUAUCAGUUUUGUUGGCAAUUCUGCUGGAGUCGCGGGAGGGGCAAUCUUCUUGUCAGGCGUCGACACCGGCCCGAUCUUCACUGAGGUCAAUUUUACCUCUAACGUGGCUGAGAUCGGAGGCGCUGUGUCGUCGUUCAGGUGCGGGAUUGAGCCGUCCGGCGUCGACAACCCUACCACUUUCGACCGAUGCCGAUUCGUCGACAACCAGGGAGCGUCAACAGGCGGAGCCAUCGAGAGCGCGGCUGGAAAAGACGCUUUUAACGGCAGCAUUUUCGAGGGCAACUCAGCAGGGACAGGUGGGGCUCUGAGGCUAGCGGGUUCGGAAUAUUUCUUCAACUGCACGUUCGUGGGAAACACGGCUGACGACGGAGAGGGGGCGGCCGUGUCCAACAUCGGCUACAUUUCGGAAAUGGAAAAUACCUUCUUCUCUGGCAACAGAUUCGACUGCCGCUCGAGAAUGUACUUGGACUUCAUUCAGGUGCGGACUUUCGCUUCGGACUACCCUUUCGAGGUGAUGUGCAGCGGAUGCGAGGUCACGUGCAAAGGAUGCGUCAAUGACGGGCUUCUGGUUCCGGCUUGCACAGAGGUAAUGGAGCAUGCCACAAGCGACGGCGGCAACAUCACCCUCGAAGCACUCUCGAUCGACAGCGGGUACUGGCGAGCCACCGAAUCUAGCGAGGACAUUCUCGCGUGCUACCAUCCAGAAGCCUGCCUCGGGGGGGUGACGGCGACAUCCGGCUACAGGCUUGAGGGCUACGAGGGGCCAUGUGCGUGUGUGUGCAGCGACGGUUAUUCCGGGCAACUGGGUUUUGAGUGCAGGAAGUGCCCCGAGAACAUCAAGGGCGGCAUCACGAUUUUGGUCGUCCUCGCUGUCGGGGCCUUGAUCGUCCUCGCUGCCACAUACUCGUACGUCACGUCGGGGGAGACCGGCACGGGCAUGGGACGUGGAUGGAUCGAGCGGGUGACGCGGUACAUACCUCUCCAGUCCGUGAAGAUUGUGAUCGCGGCCUGCGUUGUAUUUUGGAACAAAAAUCCGCCCACGGGCCAUGGGCUCAUAUUAACCCGUCUUCCACCCACGUUUCGUCCGCCUGACCUUGUGCAACAGUUCACGGCCAUCGCUAACGUCACCUACCCCGACGUGUACGAAGACUUCCUUGGAGUCCUUGACAUCUUCAACUCUAAACUCGGCUGGGCUCUGUCGGUUUGCUGCACCAUCAAUAUGGACUUCCACGACAGACUGCUGGUUUCCACGAUUAGCCCUAUCGCGGCCCUGCUGUUUUUGGCAUGCACCUACUUUAGGGCCCGCUGUCUCUACCGGCGAAAGCCAGACAAACUCCAAACAGUUCCGCACAAGCAUGCGUCGAUGGUGCUCCUGCUAACUUUCUUCGUCUACUCGAGCGUAAGUGUCAUCCUGUUCAGACCCUUCGCCUGCGAGGAACUAGCCGACCGCAAGAUUUACCUCAGGUCAGACUACCGCAUCGAGUGCGACUCCUCCAAGCACAAGAGCUUCCAGGUGUACGCCGUCUUCAUGAUUCUCCUAUACACGGUGGGAAUCCCGGCUCUCUACGCCGGCCUUCUCUUCAGGGAUCGCGACGUGUUGAAGGAGGACACAUCCAAACGACGAGAUGACCCCCCGCGCGUCACCUCCAUCGCCGACCUGUGGGAGCCGUACAAUCGGUGGGCGUUCUACUACGAGGUGAUCGAUUGCGGCCGGCGGGUCCUCCUAGCAGGCUUCAUCGUCUUCAUCUAUCCCAACACGGCGGCGCAGAUCGCGGUGACGUUGAUUUUCGCCUUCGCGUUUGUCGUCAUUUCUGAAGCCUUGAACCCGUACAAAUCCGGGUGGGAUCGUUGGAUCAAUCGCAUGGGGCACAUUGGUGUCUUCUCGAGCAUGUUUCUCGCGCUCCUGCUGAAGGUGAACGUUUCCGACGAACACGCCGCUAGCCAAAGGGUGUUCGAGGUCGUUCUCGUGGCCGUUCAUGCGCUCAUGAUCAUGGCGAUCGUUGUCGAGACGGUUGUCCUCUUCUUUCAAUUGAGGGCAGAUUUGAAGAAGGAGAAGGAGCAGACGACGAAUCCUGAUGGAGAGGAAAAGAAGGUUGGUUAA